AGCCGCGCUGGAGACGCAGCUACGCGACAGGGGGUGCAUUCGAUCCGAUUCGAACAGCUUGUAGCCUAGAUCUCCAAGUCCUCGUUAUUAGCCGACUCUUGCGGCCGUAUUCAGAUCCGCCUGCCGAGUCGACGCACCUACGCAACGCGAGAGCGAAGGCGGAGAGACGGGAUUCGCUGUCCGUAGCCGGCUAACGACCGCUCUGGAGGCCCCUGGCCGGCUGCAGAAGAGAACUAGCAGGACUGGAGUUACGGCGACUGAUACGCAGCGACAGCGGCAGCGGCAGCAACAGCGGCAGCGGCAGCGGCAGUAGGACUAUCCGCGCUGACCAAUCUAAGUACUAUCUGAAAGUAUCCCGUAGCGUCGUCAGCUUGACGGCUGCAGCGGCGCAAACUCCGGGCGUGACGUGAAAGGGCAGCUCGCAGGAGAUGGCAGGGAGUGGCGCAAACGCUGAGACCGGGGGAGUGCUGGGAUGCGCGCGGGGGGGGGACGGGUUAGAAGAAAGCGGAAGGGGGGGAGGGGGAGGAGAAGGCGGAAAGGGGGGAGGAGAAGGCGGAAGGGGGGGAGGAGAAAGCGGAAGGGGGGAAGAAGAAGGCGGGGAGGGAGGAGGCGAGGGAGGAGGCGAGGGAGGGGGCGAGGGAGGGGGCGAGGGAGGAGGCGAGGGAGGGGGCGAGGGAGGAGGCGAGGGAGUGUCGGAGCGCAUGGCGAGCCACGUGGAGGAGCUGAUGGCGCGCGAGAGGGUGAGGAUGGUGGCGCUGCUGAGGGCGUUCCUGCAGGCUAGACACAUCAAGACGGACAGCGUGCCGUGCCUCGUGGACGAGGGCCUGUAUCUGGGGUCCAUAGGCGCGGCGCACAACAGGGACCUGCUGAAGCGCAGCAACGUGACGCACGUGCUCACAGUCGCCAACUCCAUCCUGCCGGCGCACCCCCGUGACUUCCACUACACGCUAGUCAACG